GUCAAUUUCUUACGUUAAAACGUACUUUAAUAUUGAUCUAUACUUAAUAAUAUUAUGGGUGUACUAUGGCAGCGUGUGUAGUUAGCUUAGUGUGCCGCAGAUGCUGUGAAAUAAGCAGGAUUAUGAAUCGCAAAAUGGUCGAAUCUCAAAAUAUCUUUAGUAUAUUAAUAGAGUCACCUGCUUUCUGUUGGCUAUGUUCUAUCAUCUAGCUAUAAAUAUACAAGCGAAAUAGUGCUAAAACAUACCUCAGUACUGGAAGCUGGUGUAUCAACCAGGGCUUGCAGAAACAAGUGACAUUAUGGUAUUGAAAUUGGCGUUCUGUACUCUGAAUCACAGAUGAAUCUCUUCCAAAGGUAUGAAUCCAUCUAUCGGGAUAAUGCUGAAAAAACAGCUUUGUACUGCAAUAGCCACUCAUGGCUCCAACGUUCUUGGAUUGUUUGCACCACUUAUCAUUCCACCACUUCACAUUUCUUUCAUAUACUAUUUUUGGAGUGACUUUGCUAGAGAGGUUGAUAAGCACUUUUGCUCCUGUUCCUGCUGGGACACUGUCUUCAAAGGAUCCUAUGAAUCAGGGGUGGCUUCCUACAAACAUUUGUACUUUAAUGCUACUAGUAGCAGUUUGAAGAUCUGGAUGACUAUUGUUUUUGGAAUAAUUAUUUUUUAUGAGACAGUCAAACACUUAACUACCUUAGCAUUUCAAAAUAAUCUACGAUGGAGAAUGUUUAUUCUUUUUAUUAGUGCUGUAUUUUCUCAUUAUUACUCUUGGUGGGUUUACAUUAACUAUUGGAAUGAUGAGUUUUAUUCUCAAUGGUAUCAUCAGUUUUUCUUUUCCUUAACUGAAUUAUUUUCAACGAUACUCGUUAUUCAUUUGGCUGAUAAAAGGAACCCCAUAACUCGCAGAAAAGCUUUUGGAAUAAUCAGUAUUGCUCUUUUACAUAUUCUUGCUGGCAGUUGGGAUCAAUUUGUUACAAACGUCAUUAAAGGAGAAGGGUAUGCUCAUCAGAUUGUUCGAGACUUGGGUUUUAUGAUACCUGAUAUACUCCAUGUAAUUAUACCUACAUGUUCAUUCGAAUUUAAAAGUGGGUAUUCUUUACCUGGUAUUAGUAUUCGUGAUGCAGAUCUUAGAUUGGAUUUGUUAUUAUUUUUUGGUACAAUUUUUGUAGGCCUCUGUUUGUGUUCUAUCUUGUAAUGGAAAGAAUUAAUUAUUAGUACUUACUGAAAAAAAAAAAAAAUUUCAAUCGAAAGCUUCCUG